UUGCGUGAUUUGCUGGAAAAUGAAGUUUUUAGUGAAAAUUUGGUGAGUUUUAGUUAUGCGGCGUCCAAAAAUGAAAAAAGAGAGAAAAAAAAAAAGAAAAAACCUGUCCAAAAAUUCAAAAAAGUAGGAUUGCCAGAUUAAAGGAACACACUGCAAACAACCGUACCACCCGCGUAUCUAACUCGUGCACCUUGAACAUUUUUGUUGGGUUCCUGUCCAAUUUUUCUUUUUUUCUGUCCAAUUUCUUCUCAGAAAUCGAGUUAGAUAUGCAUGUUCUACCGUACUUCGGCAUGCGCCUUGAAUCUGGAGGGCUGCCUUUUUCGGUUUUUUGGACAGGAAAUUUCCUCUUUUUUUUUCUCCUUUUGCGUUUUUGGACGCCGCAUUAUUUUUUUUCGAAAUUAUAACCAACUGAAUCUUUUGUUGAAAAGUAGGAAAUUUCCAAGAGUAGCUUUCCAAAAAGAUUUAAAAUAUUCUCGAAAAUUCAAUUUUUGCUCGAAUUUCCGCCUGUUACCAAUUUUUGAGAAACUGUCAAAAAUUUACAUUUUUCCGAAUUUUCAGCUUUUUUCUAAUCAAAAUUUCAAAGAUAUUCUGGAAUUUUAAGCACUUAAAUUUUCUACUUUUUGUCAAAUUCCCAUUCCAAACUUUUCACAAAACAAUGUCGAAAUAUUCAAAGUUCCCGUUUUACUUCUAGAAUUGCUGCACAAUCUCAUUUUUCCCAAAAUUUGAUACUUGUAAGUCUCAAUUUUUUGCUCCCCCUUUUCAAAAAAAUCUAUAUUUCUUAUUUUCCAACCCAGUAACCCAUUAUUAAAAUGGCUUCUCUCAAAAUCCAUUUUAAUGUGAUGUUCCAGUCAGAAACCUCUCGUGCUCUCUCCAAAUAAUAUACCCUACAAUUUUCAGCACAUUUAAUCCGAUUUCAAAAAGAGAACGUGCGCUUUAGAAAAAUGCAUUUGUUGUGGAAAAAAAUGUGUCAGCAUUGAGUGUGUGUUGACGCGCAUUUUGUAGCUGCUGUUUGUUUUUUUUUUGGUUGUUGCUUUUGUUUUGUUUUUUGUAUUUUUGCAUGAAUAACACUUUUAUGAAUCAUAAUAUUUUUUCAAAGAAGUUUUUUUUCUUUUUUGAAAAUCAGCUGAUUUUUUCAGAUGAGAUCUUCAAACAUGUUCAAUAGAAGAGAUAAUAGUUAUGAUGAAAAUAGCGAAAAAGUUCCAGUAGAAGAGUUGUCAUUAUCUUUCAAAUCAAUUCCACCAUCUGAUCACAGUAUGUCACCAUUUGAAUUGAGUGCUUUUGAUGAUUUGUCGACAACUUUAAUUGUGGAUGCUGUUCUCGAAUUUCCGACACAUAAAAUGUUUCAGAGGUUUGCAUUUUGUUUUUUUAUUAUUGUUUAUAGCAAAAUUUAAAGCGUAUUUUUUUUUUUUUUUCUCAAUAUGAAAACAAGCUUGAAAUUUUUUGGCGAAAUAAACCUUAACAAUUUAUUCCAUAUAAUUAAAUUGCUAAAAAUUAUUAAAAAUCAAAACAUUUCUUCUCAUUUCAGACGACGAUAUGUAAAACAAGACGAGAGAUCGACUGCUCGACAAAUUAUGCGAAAAUUUCAGGAUGAACAGGAUUUUUCCUGCGCAAUUGCUGGAUUUUUAAAUUUAAGAAGUGUAAAGACAUAUUUGGAGAAUAUGAAUCAGACGAAAAUUGUGGAAUUCAGAGAUCAUGUGAGUUUUGAAAUUAUGUGUAAAAAAACGUCAAAAUGUUCAAUUUUUGCAGAUAGUCCGAUUUUUGAACAUGUUCUGUUCACUUUCCGGUUUCACAAUUCAACCAUGUCACAGAUAUUCAGCCGAAAAUAACACGGGCGCUAAAUUAGUUGCAACUCGUCAUUGGUCUCGCGGCGAUCGAAUCGAAAGACUUUGUGGUGUUAUUUGUGCGAUGAAUGAAGAAGAAGAAAAUGCGAUUUUGACAAGUGGAGUCAAUGAUUUUUCGGUGAUGUAUAGUACAAGAAAACGAUGUGCACAAUUAUGGUUGGGACCUGGAGCUUAUAUUAAUCAUGAUUGUAAACCGACUUGUGAAUUUGUAUCCCAUAAUUCGACAGCGCAUAUUAGAGUGAGUUUUGGAGCAGAUAUAUGUUUUAUUCCAAAAUUUCAAUUUUCUGCAGGUUCUCCGUGAUAUGAAACCAGGCGACGAAAUAACAUGUUUCUACGGAGACGAAUUUUUUGGCGACAAUAACGAGCGUUGCGAAUGUCCGACCUGCGAAAAAUAUUGCCGUGGCGCAUUUUCGUCGCUCAAAAAAUCGCCAGAUCCCUCGAUUGUGUCGCUAGACGACGCAAAACCUGGAAAAUAUACACUCCGCGAGCGGAUCUAA